AUGAGAGUCACCGAACUAUCCAAGGACGACCGUACCCAUUCCAUGCUGCUGGUCAUAAAUGAGUUAGUUCGAAUUGCUGAUGCAACAUUUGAGCGGACGCGUUUGGAAGCACUCGACAUUCAUCAAACUGAGACAUCGAUAGCAGCCCCUAUUGAUUGGCUUAACGCAGCCAAGGUAAAGCUUUUUUGUCGCUUCAUGACUGUUUUUUCAAUGAAGAGGUAUACUGAAAGAUUUGUUUUUAGGGUGGCUAGUACCGUUGAAAGCAGCACAGCUCGUGCCCUUGUCAUAGCUAACUUUGCCGAGAUUUGUGGACAUGCUAAAGCAGCGGCGUUCAGUUGCAAUCGAUCCGUCCCGGUACAUCAAACUUUGCUGGAACUUUUUCCUCGUCUAUCAGCAUGGGAUCAGUGUGACCCAGCGCUGUGCAAGGUCAUGUUCGAGCAUGCGAAGAAUAUAGUCCAGAAAAACGGAAACGCGCUUGUGGCUCUUGGUUUGUUGAUGCUUCAAAAUCCGGAGCGAUUCCGCGGUAACAUCGGGCAAAUGAUGAUGGUGGUGACUGACAUGCUGAAUACUGCUGUUUCCAAGAAACGUGCUCCGGAGCCAUCUGUGUUCAUCUUCCUGACCUUGUUUGUCAAGGCAUACAAACAGUCAGUGAUGAAUGAAAUAAAACAGCUAUUCGGUCUACUAUUCAAAACGGGUCUUUCCAAAGGUUUGUUAAUCAGCUAA